AUGAGCAGUGAUAUUGAAAACGAUUUGAAAAAACUCGAACAACUUAAUAGAAUGCUGACUCAAUUGGAUAUACAAACGAAUGCACGUAAAAAGGAAAAAAUGAUUUUGGAACACCAAUACAGCAAACUAAUCAACAGGCAAAAUAACUCUCAGCAAAAUAUUAAACAUGUUUUUUUGGAGAAAGAAGGUAUUGUUGAAGAAAUUAGAAGCAUUACUGACCGAAUUCAAGUAACAAAAAACCAAAUAGAAAUGAAAAUAAAUAAAAUUAAGUCAGUCAAUGAACAGAAAGGAGUUAUUUUGAAGGAAUUUAUAGAUUUGAAAGUACAGGCAGAACAAAAAUUAUCCUUGCUUAAACAAGAGAAAAUUAAGUUGGAAGAAAGUAUUGUAGUUACUGAAGAAAAUAUUAAUCAGUUAUUUAAUUGCAUUAAGAAAUCAUUGAAAUAA